CCCAACCUCAAGCUUCCAACUAGAAACCCCAAGCUUUUCUUCUCCUCAACCACACUACGAAUCAAUCUCGAAUAUCGCGCCCCAGCAAACUUCUCCGAGCUCCACGUCGCGUAACACAACAAUCCCAUUCGGCAUUCCCAGGUUGCGCCUAACGCUCCGCCCAUGAACGCCGUCCGGAUCUCGCGACUCUCCUCCUCGAUCCAAAGUUCACACCGACGAGAUGGGCCCACCGAUGCAGCGAUUCGGCGGUGGCCCUAACAGCAUGGCGCACUACCAGCAGUACCCGCCUCACUCGCAGGGCCACGCGACGGGGCUUCCGCCGCCGACGCUGGGCGGGAACCCAGCCUUCAUGAACCCUAAUAGCAAUAUCAACCCGUUCGCGGUGAAUGGGAAUGCCCUCAGUCUGACGCAGGGAUUUGGCGGUGCGGGUGGUGGGAUGGGAGGCGGGGGUGGGACGGGGCUGGCGAGCCAUGCGGCGCAGAUUUCGUUCGCGCAUGGGGCGGCGCUGCAGCAGUCGGCUCAUGGGGGGAUUAAUGAGCAGGGGGGGAGGGGGGUGGUGAAUAAGGGCAGGAUACGGGAGGUUUGGAAGCAUAAUUUGGCGGAGGAGAUGGAUACGUUGAGGAGGCUUGUGGAUAGGUAUCCGUAUAUAUCUAUGGAUACGGAGUUUCCAGGAGUAGUGGCGCGACCGAUGGGCUCGUUUAGGGGGAAGAGCGACUACCAUUACCAAACACUGAGGACCAAUGUCGACCUCCUCAAGCUCAUACAACUAGGCAUCACCCUGUUCACCGAAGACGGCGACACGACACCCGCACGACCCCAGUCCUCGGACUCUGGGAUAGACAUGAGCCUGCCCGGCUCGCGGAAAUAUGGUACCGGCGCGGCGACGCUGCCGUGUACAUGGCAAUUCAACUUCCGCUUCUCUCUCAAAGACGACAUGUACUCUCAAGGCUCGAUCGACUCCCUCCAACAAGCCGGGAUCGACUUCCCCGCCCUCGAGCGCGACGGCAUCGACCCCUUCGACUUCGGCGCUCUCCUCAUCAGCUCGGGCAUGGUGUGCGACGAGGACGUGAAAUGGAUCUCCUUCCACGGCGGCUACGACUUCGGGUACCUCACCAAGCUGAUGAUCUGCCAGCCGCUCCUGGACGACGAAGUCGAGUUCGAGAUCCUGAUGAAGAAGUUCUUCCCCUCCAUCUACGACGUAAAGUACCUCGUCAAACAAUCCAUCGCCCAGCACGCCAGCGGCCAAGUCACCCCCGCCGACGCCUCAACCCUCGAGGUCCUGCAGAAAUUCGAAACAAAACCCUCCCUCGAAGUCCUCGCGGAAGCCCUAAAAGUCAAGCGCCAAGGUCCCGCGCACCAAGGCGGCUCAGACGCCCUGCUCACGGGCAAGGUGUUCUUCCAAGUUCGGGACCGUCUCUGGAACGGCGAGAUCCCGGAUGAGCAUCUCAGCAAGGUGUGGGGGCUGGGGAACCCGGAUGCGGGCGCGCAGGCGUAUAAUGCGAAUGCGGCGGAGGCGGGGCAGAAUGGGACGUACGCGGAUGGGGUGCCGAGCACGCCGAAUAAUACGCAUGCGAAUAUGGUGACGACUCCUGCGCCGGCGACGAGCGCGUCGACGGGGGCGGGGUCGAUGACUCCCGGUGGGGGUGGGGGGGUGUUUGGGGCGUUUCAGUUUGGGAAGUAG